AUUGAAAUUGAACACCGGGAAAUGAGCAGCGUCCAGGUACCGGAGAUGGAUCCCGCCGAGAUCUACACCACAUCAGACACCAUGGAUUCCUCCGCAAUCUUUCACACCAUCAACGACGUCGUAGCGUUCGUUCUUUAUAUGCACCAGCAAAUCCCCUCAACAGUGCAAGAUAUGAGCGCUGAGUUCGAUUCAAUGCAUUCCGAGUAUAAGCAACUGGAGAUGGAUAUGGGAAAUGAAGUGAAGGCGUCGUUUAGGAGGAAGCAUGUGAGUAGAAUGAGGGAAAUCAAAGUAGGAAUAAAGAGAUUAGAUAAGUUGAUGAGUUCUCUUUCGAAUGUACAAACUGCACUUAAAUUGAUGAUCAAUGAGGUUCAUACCAUAGGUGGAGUUGUUUUGGCUCUUGGAGGUAGCUCCCUUAGACCUCAGAAUGUUUAUGUAUUGGAAUUUCCAUGUCGAAUUGAUGUUUCCAAUGCCGGGGAUGAUUUUGCUAGGAACAAAGCUGCUGAGGCGCUUUCCAGAAAGGCAAUUCGAACGUUGAUAUCAAAGGAUGCUGGGUCUGUUACUUAUCCUGGUCCUAACAAACUGUUUGUGUUAAUCAAGGCCCCUUCUUCUUUCAACCUGCCUCAGCAUUUUCUGCCCAAACGUGAUUUUAAGUACAACAGAAAGAUUGUGCCUCUCAGGCUAUUGUUUAAGUGCCGGAACCAGGAUCAGGAAGUCGCUGCUUCUACUUCAGAAGAUUUGAUCUGGUUUCAAUGCCGACAUGUGAUAAAAGGCCUUGCAAUGAAUGCAAUGGCAGAAGAAUGAAAUCUCCAUUCCAAUAUUAUAUCAUAAAAAGAUCAUGUUGUAUGUAUAUAUUACUUAUGCUUGAAUAGAAGCUAAUGUACACUUGUUUCAUUUUAGUUAUGAUGCGAAGUAGUUGAGCUUAGUUAUCAUUAUUGUUUUAACAUUUUAGACCAAAAUGUUAGAAGGUAAGAAAGAUAGGUGUUUGUGCCGGUGGAAUUACAUACUGUAUCAAACAAAUCCGUUAGAAAAACCAGUGAUUGCAUCUUCUCAUGGGCAAUAGAAGCCCAAGAAUAUUGAAUUUAUGAAAA